AUGGUUAAAUUUGAAGAAUUAUCUAGGUUUUGUCUGCAUUACAAUGGGGCUGAUCCUGAAGGUUCCAAGUGUGUGAAAUUUAAAAGUGGAUUACAUCCUGAGAUCAAACAAUUCAUUGGCUAUCCGGAAAUCCUCCAAUUUUUGGUGUUGAUGAACAAGUGCGACAUUUAUGAUGAGGAUAGUAGAGCAAGGUACACUCACUAUAAGAGUUGGAGUACUCAUAAAGACAAUAUAUUUGUUUUUCAGAACCAUGGUAAACCUUAUAUGAAUCUGAGCAGACAACAGAGUAGUUACCGUAAUCGGGGGUCCAUAAUUGGAAGUGGACGAAGCAAUAAUGUUAGUAAUGAGAACAAGAGUAACUGGAGCGCUGGGAAUAGUGAGGGAGGCCCAUUGACUCCUAAACAAUGUGGAAAGUAUGGUAAAAUAUGUCAUCAGAUUUUUGAGUGUAAGGAUACAACUCCAACUUAUUCCAACAGUGACAAGCAAGGUCAUAUAAGUAGAUUUUGUAAGAAUCUAAAGAAGGAAAAAGCAAUGAUAAGAAUUCUAGAGAAAACUAAUCGAGAGCCAAUGGAAGAGUAUUUGUUCUUAGUUGUGUUGAAGGCUAGGCAUCAUACAAUUUGA